AUGUCUUCUCCUGUGACAAAAACCGAGUCUGACUCAGUACCUCAGACAAACAUACACCAGGUUCCAAAAGCCUUGGACAAAAAUAUAACUAACAGCGGCAACUUAGAUUUGUCAUCUUCUUCGACAGGAUCAAUAAUGGAGGACGAAAAAAGGUCAAACUCGAAUGCAGAUUCGAAUGACACUACAAAUGGCGAACCAGUUGACCCAAGAGAUCUCGAUUGGGAUGGGCCCGAUGACCCAGAUAACCCACACAAUUGGUCCUCUUGGAAGAAAUGGUAUGCCACUAUGACUUCCGCGUUCCUUUGUUUGGUUGUCACAAUGGGUAGCUCUCUUUAUGUUUCAUCUGUACCAGAAUUGGUAGAAAGAUAUCACGUCAACCAGACUUUGGCCCUUGCCGGAUUAACCUUCUAUCUUCUGGGGUUAUCGACUGUCAUCGGCGCUCCAUUAAGUGAAGUGUUUGGUCGUAAGCCCAUCUAUUUAUUUUCCUUGCCAGUGUCAAUGCUUUUCACUAUGGGUGUUGGGUUGUCCAACGGUCACAUGAGGAUUAUCCUACCCUUAAGAUUUUUAUCAGGUGUCUUUGCAUCCCCUGCCUUAUCUGUUGGAUCAGGUACAAUCCUGGAUAUUUUUGACGUAGAUCAGGUCUCCGUUGCAAUGACAUAUUUUGUUCUAUCUCCAUUUCUAGGGCCAGUUUUAUCUCCUAUUAUGGCAGGGUUUGCUACUCAAGCCAAAGGCUGGCGCUGGUCCGAGUGGAUCCAAUUGAUUGCGGGAGGGAUGAUAUUACCAUUUAUUGCCCUCAUGCCAGAGACCCAUAAAGGUAUCAUUUUAAGAAAGCGUGCCAAGAAGAGAAAUAUUACUUUAAAAAAGUUCAGCAGGGAGGAUCAGAAAGAAUUUUUGAAAACCACUGUCACUGUUACAAUCUUAAGACCUUUGAAAAUGCUCGUGGUUGAGCCUAUUGUAUUUGUUUUCAGUAUUUAUGUCGCUUUCAUUUUUGCCAUUUUAUUUGGAUUUUUCGAAGCAUACGCUGUUAUUUAUCGUGGUGUUUACCACAUGAGUGCGGGUGUAUCUGGGCUACCAUUUAUCGGUAUCGGUGUCGGGUUAUGGAUAGCUGCUUUCUUUUACCUUUACAUUGACAGAAAAUAUCUUUUCCCCAAACCACCAGCUGACACUCCACCACUUGCCGAAAAUGAGAGAACUUCUAAAAGGACUACUCCUUACAGAGGUGCAAGAGAUCCUAAUACCGGUGAAUUGUUACCAAUUGUUCCAGAGAAGUUUUUAAUUGCCUGUAAAUUUGGUUCCGUAGCAUUGCCUAUCGGUCUAUUUUGGCAAGCCUGGACUGCUAGACCAGACGUACACUGGAUGGCUCCUGUAGCUGCUGGUGUGCCAUUUGGUUUUGGUUUAAUUUUGAUUUUUUUCAGUGUUUUGAUGUAUUUCUCUACAUGUUAUCCGCCAUUAACUGUAGCAUCUUGUUUGGCUGCCAACAAUUUAUUAAGAUACGUCAUGAGUAGCGUUUUCCCAUUAUUUACCAUCCAAAUGUACACAAAGAUGAAAAUCAAGUGGGCAAGCACUUUAUUUGCCUUAGUUUGUGUUGUAAUGAUUCCGAUUCCAUGGGUUUUCGAAAAAUGGGGGAGCGAAUUAAGACACAAGUCACAAUUUGGCUAUGCUGCCAUGGAAAAGGAGGCUGAGACAGAAGGUGAUAUAGAUGAGGUAAAUACCGUCAACGGCGAAUUAAAUCUAACAAGAAUGGCUACGCUAAGGACUAUGGAAACGGACCCUUCGACUAGAGAAAAAGCAGGUGAAAGGCUAUCUCUGCGCAGGACCCAUACGCAGCCUCUUCCUGCCUCGUUUGAUCGCGAAGUUGGGCAACAUCAGCAAAAUCAUAAUGAGCCCGUUUCCAAUAGUUUAUACUCAGCUGUCAAGGAUAAUGAAGACGGUUAUUCAUAUACAGAAAUGGCUACCGAUGCUUCCGCUAGAAUGGUUUGA